UGUGGGUCGGAUCUUCAGACGCCUCAGUGAGUUUCCUUUUAAUUCGUGUUCCCAUUUCACCUCCUGUACCUGACAACAGUAAAGUGCUCAUGUACAGGUGAAGAGGUGCUUCAUUGGUUUGCAAUGAUGGGUUUGUUUGAGUUACUCUGGAGAAGUUUACCUACCCUGGUUGUUCUCUCAAGCGCUGUUUGUGCCGACUCCGGUGCCAUUACUUGGGAAGUUCAGAGGUACGACGGGUGGUAUAAUAAUUUGGCAGAUCAUGACCGAGGGUCUGCGAAUUCAGCUCUAGUGCGUCUCCUGCCGGCGCAGUAUGCUGAUGGAGUUUAUAUGGCCCGACAGGAGCCUCACCUGCCCAACCCCCGGCACAUAAGUAACACUGCCAUGAGUGGUCAAUCCGGUCUCCUAUCCCACAAAAACAGAACGGUUCUCUCUGUGGCCUUUGGUUAUCACGUAUGGUCUGAGAUCUCAGAAUCGCGUAGGCCCAGUUGCCCCCCUGAGUUCAUGCAUAUUGAAGUCCAAAAAGAUGACCCGGUCUUCGGCUCCAACUCUUCAAAACCAGUGGCUGCUCUUCCAUUUCAAAGAGCAGCGUGGGACCAAAGCACCGGCAAAAGUCCCAACAAUCCCCGAACGCAGGUCAAUCAUGUGACUGCAUGGAUAGAUGGCAGUUCUAUCUAUGGAUCCUCCGGUUCAUGGUGUGAUGCUCUGAGAAAUUUUUCCAGAGGUCUUUUGUCUUCGGGCUCUUCUCAGGAUAUGCCCAAACAGAGUAGCAGUAGUUAUCUAAUGUGGAGCGCACCAGAUCCCACCACCGGCCCUAGUUCGCAAAGACUCUAUGAGUUUGGAAAUGCCUGGGCCAAUGAGAACAUCUUUUCCGUCAUCGAGGGAAUCAUUUGGUUUCGUUACCACAAUCACCUGGCCUCCAAACUGCACGAGGAACACCCCUCAUGGUCAGACGAGGAGCUUUUCCAAAAUGCUCGAAAGAGGGUUAUUGCAACAUUUCAGAAUAUAGCUUUCUACGAGUGGCUGCCGGCCUAUUUGGGAAUUCAAGUGCCUUCUUAUUCAGGCUAUCAGAAAUAUGUUGAUCCAGGCAUCUCUGCUGAGUUCGAAGCAGCUGCAGUGAGGUUCGGACUGACUCUUGCUCCACCUGGUGUUUAUAAAAGGAACAGGACGUGCCAUUACCAAAGUGCAUUGAAUGCGGAUGGGAGUAAAUCUCCUGGCCUGCGUUUGUGCAACACCUUCUGGAACCGAAAUAAUCCAAAUGUGCAGUCCGGUCAGGAUGUAGAUGAGCUGGUGAUGGGCAUGGCCUCUCAGAUCACGGAGAGGGAGGACAACAUCAUCGUGGAGGAUUUGAGAGAUUACAUGUACGGGCCCCUGCGGUUCUCCCGCUCGGAUGCAGUGGCAUUGACCAUCCAGAGGGGGCGUGAUUUUGGGCUGCCUAGUUAUAAUCAGGUCAGAGAGACCUUCGACAUGAAGCAGGUCAAUACCUGGGAGGAGAUCAACCCCAAACUGAACAAUACACAGUUGCUAAAGAAGCUUGCAGACUUGUACAAUAAUGAUACUUCCAGACUGGAGCUGUUUGUAGGCGGGAUGUUGGAGGCUCAGGAAGGACCUGGUCCUGUAUUCUCAGCCAUAAUAUUGGACCAGUUUGAGCGCAUAAGGAACGCUGACCGCUUCUGGUUUGAGAAUAAACAAAAUGGGUUGUUCAGUGAAGAAGAGAUCCAAGACAUACGUAGCACCACAUUUCAUGAUGUUCUCCUACAUGUCACCAGCGCAAAGGAGGGCGACAUUCAGAAAAAUGUCUUUUUCUGGUUGAACGGUGAUCCCUGCCCCCAAUCUAAACCAAUCAGAGACACCGAUCUUCACCCCUGUACAAAGGCUACGUCUAUGAGUUACUUUGAUGAUGGCAGUAAAGUUGGUUUUGGCAUAACAGUGGUGGUGCUCUUCUUGUUUCCUGUUGUGAGCUAUAUAGUGGCUUGCGUAGUGGCUCAUAUCCGGACAGCCAGAUACAAACGUUUUCAGAAGAAGCUCAGCGCUUCCACCAGCGAUGAAGAACCUGCACGUGGAAUGACUGCCAAAGAGUGGCUGGGUCACCAUACCGCGCCACGGCAGGUCACGCUUGCCUUCAACGAGAAGAAAGUCUUACAGAUCUUUGAUGAGAGUGGAUCUCUGACCUCUCAUUGCCUUGCCAACCGGGAUCGUCACCUGGAUGUACUGAUUUCCAAUGAUCACCUGCAUCGUGCUCUACUUUUGAAGGUCCCAAAAGAAUUUGAUCUGGUUUUUUUCUUUGAGGAUGUGGAUCACAGAUCUCAGUUCUUGAGUCAGCUGCGCUCCGAGCUGGAUGGCAGAAUACAGAGUCUGAACGUGACGGAAAUGAGCGAGAGAGAAAUGCUGAAGGACGCAGUGACCAGAGAACAACGAGAAAAGAUUGUGGAGACUUUCUUCAAACACGCUUUUGCAAAGGUUUUGGACAUUGAUAAAAGUGAUGCGGGAGACCUGAGCAAGAGGACCAGAGAGGCUUUACAAUGUGAGAUAACACGAGAUGAAUUUGCCCGCGUGUUCGGCCUUAAGCCUGAUUCACUGUUUGUGGAGUCCAUGUUCACGUUGGCCGAUAAGGACGGCAAUGGAUAUAUCUCCUUUCAGGAGUUUCUGGAUGUCAUUGUCAUUUUUAUGACAGGUACACCUGAGGAAAAGUCCAGGCUUCUGUUUUCAAUGCAUGACAUUAAAGGAGACGGUUUAUUGUCCAAAGAAGAGUUUUCUUCCUUACUCAGGUCUUUCAUUGAGAUCUCUGGUGGUGCUUUGUCUAAGAGUCAGUUUGAUGAUGGCAUAGCGGUUAUGCUUCAGGCAGCUGAACUUGAAAACAAGGAUCGCUUUUCUUGGGAGGACUUCCACUUUCUACUGCAAGAUCAUUCAGCUCAUCUCAAUAUUAAAGGCAUGGAGGUACAUGGUAAGAAGAAACUAGCCAGACAACAGCGAAUUUCAUUCAUUGAGAAAAAUAGUUCUCCAGCAGUGCAAGAUCUUCACAUCUCUGAGGGACAUCAGGGACUUCGUGAAAGACAGGCCAAGAAGUUUGGCUCAACCAAUCCCAAAGUCUACGUAAGGCCUCAUAGAGAACGUUACAACAGGAACCCAGUGAAGCAGAAGAUCCAACAGUUCAAACGCUUCGUAGAAAACUACAGAAGACAUAUCGUCUGCAUAGUCAUAAUGUACGGGAUCAUAGCUGGACUAGCUUUAGAAAGAUGCUAUCAUUAUGGUUUGCAGGACAAUGACAGUGGGAUCCCAGAGACGUCCAUGGUGGGCGUGCUAAUAUCUCGCAGUUCGGCGGCCGCCAUCUCCUUCCUGUUUCCCUACAUGCUGCUUACCGUAUGCCGUAACUUGAUAACCAUAUGCAGGGAGACGUUUCUCAACAGAUACAUCCCCUUCGAUGCAGCCAUCGAUCUCCACCGACACAUGGCUAUGGUGGCCGUCAUAUUGUCAGUCGUACACAGUUUGGGUCACGUGGUCAAUGUGUACAUCUUCUGUAUCAGUGACCUCAGCAUCCUCGCCUGCCUGUUUCCUAGAGUCUUCUCCAACAAUGGGUCGGAGCUUCCAAUGAAAUGGACGUUUUGGUUUUUCAAGACUGUGCCAGGUCUCACUGGCGUCUUGUUGCUCCUGAUCUUCGCUUUUAUGUACAUCUUCGCCUCACGAUAUUUCAGGCGUAUCAGUUUUAGGGGAUUCUGGGUCACACAUUACCUCUAUGUACUCGUCUAUGUGCUGACGGUGAUACAUGGAAGCUACGGCCUCCUUCAGGAACCACGCUUCCACAUCUACCUGAUUCCUCCCGGCCUCCUCUUCCUCGUGGACAAACUCAUCAGCCUCAACAGGAAGAAGGUGGAGAUCCCGGUGGUGAAAGCCGAGCUGCUGCCCUCAGGUGUAACAUACCUUGAGUUUAAACGACCUCAGGGGUUUGUGUACCGUUCGGGACAGUGGGUACGUAUCGCAUGUCUGGCACUUGGCACAGAUGAGUACCAUCCUUUCACCCUGACCUCCGCACCACACGAGGAGACCCUUAGUCUUCAUAUCCGUGCAGCGGGACCCUGGACCAGCAAACUCAGAGAGGUCUACACCCCUGAGAAGAUCCAGGAGACCAAAGGGUAUCCAAAAUUGUAUCUGGACGGGCCGUUUGGGGAGGGCCAUCAGGAGUGGAGAGAUUAUGAGGUGUCAGUGCUGGUAGGCGCCGGGAUCGGGGUGACGCCAUUUGCCUCCAUCUUAAAAGACCUGGUGUUCAAAUCUUCAGUCAAGUUCAAAUUUCAUUGCAAAAAGGUGUAUUUUAUCUGGGUGACACGAACGCAGCGUCAGUUCGAGUGGGUAUCAGACAUCAUAAAAGAGGUGGAGGAGCUGGACGCCCAUGAUUUAGUAUCCGUGCACAUUUACAUCACCCAGCUGGCUGAGAAGUUUGACCUCCGCACCACCAUGCUGUACGUCUGCGAGCGUCACUUUCAGAAAGUGUGGAACAGGAGUUUGUUUACCGGUCUGCGAUCUAUAACCCACUUCGGUCGUCCGCCCUUUGUGGCUUUUCUCAGCUCGCUACAGGAAGUUCACCUGGAGGUGGAAAAGAUUGGCGUGUUCAGCUGUGGUCCUCCUGGUUUGACCAAGAAUGUGGAGAAAGCUUGCCAGCAAAUGAACAAACAUGACCAGACACAUUUCAUUCACCACUAUGAGAACUUCUAGACGGUCUGCAUUAUUAUUCUGUAAAAAAUACUGAAUUAUUUAACAUUUAUUUCAAUAAUUCUUUUAACUUUAAUGCUAAAACCAACUAUUUUGAAAAUGGUUUAGACUUUGUUGAGUAUUAUAAGUAUGUAGCUCUAAGGUGCCAAUAUGUAUACCUUUGAUG